GCGUCUCAACCGCCCUUCACAAGCUAGGUAGAAAGAGUGAGUAUUACAGCGCGUUCGCCGUUCCUUCAAUAACUACUUGCGCCGGCGGACGGCUGUGCGGUGCCCACCCUUACUCGGUCCGGCGCGGGUUCCCGCGAGCGCCUGGGUCACCCCAGGCCCCGGCGCGCAGCCGCACAGGCUCGCGGAGCCGGGGCGGAACCAGUAGCCGCGGAACCUUUCUUCCCGCCCCCCGGAAGACCCGGCCCGCCCGGCGGGAAAUGCGACAAGGACCGCGCCGCGCCGCGCCGCGCCGCACCGCGCCGCCCUCACUGCGCCUCGGUCGCCACGGUAACGCACCGGGGGCAGCGGCCUCGCCAUGAGCGUGCGGGUCGCGCGGGCUGCGUGGGCCCGGGACUGGGGCGCGGGCUGCCGCCGGGGCGCUUCGAACUUCCCGCUGCCUCCGCCGGGCGCCGUGAACGUGGCGGAGCUGCUGCGAGAUGCCACAGCCGCGGAGGAAGGGCCCCGGGAGGCGGCGGCGCGGCGGCGGCGGCCGCCGGGCCAGUGCUCGGUGCUGCUCUUCCCGGGCCAGGGUAGCCAGGUGGUGGGCAUGGGCCGGGGGCUGCUCGGCUACCCGCGCGUCCGCGAGCUCUACGCCGCCGCCCGCAGCGUGCUGGGCUACGACCUGCUGGAGCUGAGCCUGCACGGGCCGCAGGAGGCCCUGGACCGCACCGUGCACUGCCAGCCCGCCGUCUUCGUGGCUUCGCUGGCCGCCGUCGAGAAACUGCAUCACCUGCAGCCCGCGGUUAUUGAGAACUGUGUUGCUGCUGCUGGAUUCAGUGUGGGAGAAUUUGCAGCCCUAGUGUUUGCCGGAGCCAUGGAAUUUUCUGAAGGUUUGCAUGCGGUGAAAAUCCGAGCUGAGGCCAUGCAGGAAGCCUCGGAAGCUGUCCCCAGUGGGAUGCUGUCUGUCCUUGGCCAGCCUCAGUCCAAGUUCACCUUCGCCUGUUUGGAAGCCCGGGAGCACUGCAAGACUUUGGGCAUAGAGAACCCCGUGUGUGAGGUGGCCAGCUACCUCUUUCCUGAUUGCAGGGUGAUCUCAGGACACCUGGAGACGUCUCCCGAGCAGCUCCUCUGUAAUGAGCACUGAGGGUACACAAACUGACAAGCCGUGAACAGGUGACCUCAGGUUUGGGGCAUAGCAAGGGUCAGGCUGGCUCCCAGAAGGCCUGAGGCACCACCAGGAGUGGUGCUGGGAGGGUAAGUUUGCAGGGGGAGGGCGUCUCAGCGGAGAGGCAGGGAGCCACCACAGGAAAGGGCCUGGCCCAGGGGAUGCCAGGUGGGUCCGCACAGGGUCCCACCAGGGGCUGCAGGGGCGGGCCUGUGCCUACCCGACUCGUCCCGGACCUGCGGCCAGUCUCUGCUCCACAGAAGCAUGUUCUACACAUGAGGAAGCUGAGGCAGAGAGAGUGGCCAGUGCUUAGAGAUGGUGGAGGCAGAAUGGAGCUCCGGUCUGUCUCAUUCUGGAACCUUCUUCCUCCACUUGACUGCGCUCAAUCCAUCAUCCCUGUGAGGCCUUGCCCAUGUGCCCAAUGUCUUUGUGAAUCUCCUCUGAACCAGUGAGAGCCACAGUCCCUCUUGUGCUCUGAGAUGACGGGAAGACCAGUGACUGUGGCCCCACGUUCAUCGUGGAGCUGCUUGCUCAUUCCCAUUCACGGCCUCGGCAGGGCCUGGAGUGGGCCAGGAGGGGCUCCAAGUCAGGGCCGGUGUCUCCCUCAGGAGCUCCCGGACAGUCGGGUACGCAGGAUGACGACUCCCCGGGCUCCCGGGUUUGGCCCUGUGGGGGGUUCGGAAGUGCCACAGCAGAGAGCUCAGGCGAGGGCGGGGUCUCCCUGAGCAGGCAGUCCCUGUGCAACGGCUGAUGUGACAAAACUCCUUGGCCUCUGCUAAACCGGCGCCUGGGCCAAGGGCCAGCCGCAGAGGAGCCCGCUGCACCGAGGCCGUGGCCUCGAGUCCUGUGGCCCUAACCUCGGACUUGAGCUGGAUGAGUCCAGAGACCUCGCGUGGAAGGAUGCCGAAUGACGCAGGAAGUGCCACAGAGUAGCCAUCCGUGUCGACACCGCUGCCCAGGCGGUCCGGGCACGGUGGGAAGGCCUGUGUUCGGAGGGGGCUCCUGGGUGCCCCUCAGUGGCGUGGGGACGAGGGAGAGGGGUGGUGAUGUGAAGCGUCAGGACAGGCUGGACUCUGCUGCAGUGACAGCCAGCCCGACCCCUCACUGCUUCCCGCAGACGUGGCUCACACUUCGGGUACAGCGUGCUGAGCUGUGCUGAGUUGACGGGCUCCCGGCACAGGACACCGAGACACGGCGAGCCACAGGCUGCGUCGGCCGUGCCCGGGUAGACGAAGUACACUCGUGCAGGGAGGGCCCCAGGGACGGGUGAACGAGUGCCACCCAGUCAAACUCGAAUCCUUCCUGCCCUUUGGGGACACAAAGAGCCAUCCUGUUACGUACUUUUUUCCAGUGGACGUGGAUGGGCUUGGCCUACAAAAUCCUUGCUAACCCGUAUAUAGCGCUCGUGUGCCAAGCAGAGUUCUCCUUAGUAGCCUGGGAGGUAACUAUUGUCAUUAUCCCCAUUUCACAGAAGAGGGAACUGAGGCACGGAGAGGUAAGGCAAAACUGCCCAAGGUCAUACAGCUGCUGUGACCGAGGCUUCCCUUCAGUCUUCUGGGGAACGGCUGCCCAGCCUCUGAGCCGCCGCGGGUGGGGACAGCCUGGAGAGACCGGGCCGGACAGACGGUUUAGUGCCCUGGAAGCCCCGCAGCAGAUCCCAGUGGAGGGCCGUCGGGGUGGCAGGACCUGGGCUGUGUCCAGAGGGUAUAGGGUCCCUUAAGAAUAUCUACUACUUUUUAAAUAUUUGCAAAUGCCGUUGUUUGCAAACAGUCCCAAGUUUGGGCGGGUUAGCCAGGGAGCCCCCUUCUGAGCUGAGACCCCCUUCAGGAGAAGGCUUUUGGCUUCUGGGAGACAGAGCUCUUUUCUUCUCUAGAGAAAGCUCAGAAGAAGGGAUUCCAAUAGAAGGAAACGAAUCUUGGAGCCUCCCGAAUUUUUCUCUUGAGGUUUACGGAGUAUAAGAAAAGAGGCUCACGAACAAUUUCGGAGGGUAGCCGACAGAUCGUUGAAAACCAGCCGUGUGUCCCAGCCUCUCACACCUCCCGUCGGGUCACCUCCCAGCGGCCUGGUGCAGCAGGCCCUGCAGUUCCUCCGGAAGAAUUCCUGCAAGUAUCACUUCAGACGCACCAAGAUGCUGCCGGUUAGCG